GCUGCAGAGCAGACGGCGGGCACGGAGCGCAGGGAUGGUGGGAACCCCUCAUAAUGGGCACAGCGGGCGUACAGACCCGGGAACUCAGCACAGGGAUGGUGGGAACCCCUCAUAAUGGGCGCAGUGGAUGUACAGACCCAGGAACUCAGCCCAGGGAUGGUGGGAACCCCUCAUAAUGGGCGCAGUGGGUGUACAGACCCAGGAACUCAGCCCAGGGAUGGUGGGAACCCCUCUUAAUGGGCGCAGUGGGUGUACAGACCCAGGAACUCAGCCCAGGGAGGUGGGACCCCUCAUA